UGUCACCUUGAAGUGCAUUGCUGGGAUGGGCAACAAGAAGAAGCAAAAUCAACGGAAAAAGGCUGCUGCCACCGGUGAAUGCGGCAGGCCUGCCGCAUCGGCCUCCCCAGCUGAGCAUGCGCUUCCCAUCAGCGAAGCCACGCUUGACGCAUGCAAGGCCAUGCAAGACGAAGAGAUGGAAGUGCUUCAAGCCAUCUACGGUGACGACUACAGCGAACGCAAAAGUAUCAAGGGAUUUCCUUCGUUUGCCAUAUCGAUUUCAAAGCAAGGCGAGACGUUGAGCUCCAACGGUAGUGGUGACAUCCAAGGCGUGGCCACCGUGAGCCUGCGGCUCCAACUGCGAAGGGGGUACCCAGUCGCAGACGUCCCCGACGUGGACGUCGAGUCGUCUGAUGGCCUCACGGACAGCGAAGUCGCGACUCUGGAAGAAAUGUUGCAGGACUUGAGUCGCGAGAAGCUCAAGCUCGGUGAAGGCGCUGUGAUGGUCCACGACCUGAUCGUGGCCACGGAAGAGUUUUUGCUUCGACACAUUAAGGACCAGCGGUCAUUCUUUGAUCAAAUGGUCAAGCGGCACCAAAAGCAAGCCGAGCGCGACGCCGAAGAGCAUCGACGGACGAAAGCGUUGGAGCAGGAACAGGCCAUGCACGAAGAACAGCAGAUGCAAAAGGUGAUUCAAGCCGACAUUGAGAAAAAGGCCAAGAUGAAGCACAGAGGGGGACAGCAGCACCACCACCACCACCACCACCACCACCAGCCUCCUACCGCCACUGCCGUCGACCAUGCUACCAGCGUGCGAACGACGGCGGCUGGACGGUAUGACUCGUCGGACGAGUCGUCGUCUGGCAGUUCGGAUGGUUCGUUUGGGGAUUCGGAUUCAGACUCGCGGGUCGUGCCAGCGCAGCACUCGACGUCCCGCUACUGGAACGACUUCAAGGAGGACAAAGUGCUCGGUCGGGGCGGUGGAGGCGAGGUCCUCAAGGUCCAAAAUCGACUGGAUCGGCAAUGGUAUGCGGUCAAGCGUAUCAAGCUCGACUCGAACGACCCGACGAUGAAGAAGAAGAUUCUGCGCGAAGUCAAGACAAUUUCUCGAUUACAACAUCGCCACAUUGUGCGGUACUUUCAGGCGUGGAUUGAAGGAAGUGGACGGCACGGGGACGACAGCGACGAUGACCAAAGCGAUGGCUGGUCGGACGAGGACGAAACGUCGGAAUUCAUGUCGUCCAGCGAUAACAGCAGCAAUAGCGAAGAAGAAGAAGACGACUGGCUCGGCCAUAGCCGGUCCCGACAUCACUCGACGACAACACUGACAUCCACAACCGCGGCAGCGGCCCGGACAAAGCCACGGGCGACGUCCAAUGCAGCCAUGUUGAUACAAGAUGAUGAUGGGAGUAGUAGUAGCUCCAGUGACGACGAAAGCAGGAGCGGCGGCGUCAAGAGAGGCCAAGUCGUCGUCACGGAUGGGUGGGAGUGGACGGUGGACGCACAAGCGAGGGAGGCCAAUGUACAUCACCACCACAACGGCGGCGGCGGCGGCGGCGGCGGCGGUCCCGUGGCAGGGGGUCCUCGGAAACCGAAAAAAACGACCAACGAAAAGCUGUUUAUUCAAAUGGAGUACUGCGGCGGCAACACCCUGCGCGACGUGAUUGACCAACUUUCGCUGUGGAAGUCGGAAGACAAGGUGUGGACGCUGUUUCGACAAAUCCUUGAAGCCAUUGCGUACAUUCACAGCGAAGGCGUGAUUCAUCGCGAUAUCAAGGUAACGUCACGUGAUCUCUACUACUUCAUAUUGUCGAUUUGA